AUGGUGUACACUUCGUUGACUGAAGCUCCUCACAACGUCAAGGAGGGCAUUGACUGGUUAAUGGCUCUUAAGGGAACUAGUGGCGAGAGCACCUUGAAGGCUAUGGUUGGCGCACUCCACCAUCUGUUUUCAAAACACUCUGCUGGAAAUAAUCCGUUGCCGUCUCUCGAUAAAAUUAAGUGCAUUUCUAAGGAAUUUCUAGAGAAGCCGGAGCUGAGAGAUAAUAUGUUAGUGAAAAAGGUGCUUGAAAAAUUUAACCCUGUGGAUGGAACCGCAAAUACAGAGUUUAGGCGCUAUUGGCAUAGACAAUUUGAUGAGUAUGGACGCGUCGUAGGAGUCAAGGGGGCCGAACCUGAAUACAUCAAAGACUGCUUAAGCAAUGUUAUGGAUGGUUUUGGGAAGCUCUUGGAUGAUAUCAAAAACCCUGACCAGUACGAGUCUGCUUACAGUGCAGAAGCAACGUGGGAAGCAUCCUGCGCAAAGAACCCAGAAGAUUGCGCUGUAGUUCUCGUGGGUAUUGCUCCAAUGUUGUACGCAGGGUUAAUAUCUUUAUGGGGUACAACCGAAUCUAAAACUGGAGAGUUCCACCGGUUCGCGGGGUCAAGGAGCUUUGGGGAGGUGUUGAGAGCCUUGGGUUACAUACAGCCUCAAUGCCGCGCUGACAUAAAUGGCUCCAAGCUAUUCAAGAAUUUUAAAGGGUUGGAUGACGAUUUACUACAUAAUACGUAUGAUCUUGCCGGAUUUGACGUUUUCUAUGGAUCUGAUGUUGUGCAGGAUGGGCAAGUUGAGCAACCUGUAGAUGCUGCACAACCUGUAGUUGAAGAAGCUUUAGUAGCUGAAAAAUCUGUAGAGCCUGUAAAAGCAGGCAAUAGUGCGAAAGGUAAAACAUCAGGAAAGUCGGGGAAACAUGGAAAAUCCGGGAAAUCUGGGAAACAUGGAAAAUCCGAAAAAUCAGGAAGACGCAGAAAAGCUGUGAAAUAA